CGGGACUGUUUGUGGCAGCCCCUUCUCCUCGCCUGUCUGCACACAGACAGAUCCACUGUGUAGUUCACAGCUUAUUUAAAUAAAAGACUGCACAAACUCUGCACCAUAGGGACAGACAAUGAACUGGAAACCCUUCUGCUGGCACGAGUGGACACUCAACUCCUUUGUUACACAGGCUACAGCUGGGAGGAAAAAAUGUUUGGCUUUCACAAACCGAAGAUGUACCGGAGUAUAGAGGGCUGCUGUAUUUGCAGAGCUAAGUCUUCCAGUUCUCGUUUCACUGACAGCAAACGUUAUGAAAAGGAUUUCCAGAAUUGUUUUGGGCUCCACGAGGCUCGCUCAGGAGAUAUUUGCAAUGCCUGUGUCCUUUUGGUGAAAAGAUGGAAAAAAUUACCAGCAGGAUCCAAAAAAAACUGGAAUCACGUGGUAGAUGCCAGGGCUGGACCCAGCCUUAAAACAACACUGAAACCAAAGAAAAUGAAAACUCUGUCUGGAAGCAGAAUAAAGAGCAAUCAAAUCAGCAAACUGCAGAAGGAAUUCAAGCGGCACAAUUCUGAUGCCCACAGCACCACUUCGAGUGCCUCUCCAGCUCAGUCCCCCUGUUACAGUAAUCAGUCAGACGAUGGCUCUGACACCGAGAUGAGUGCUGGGGCCAGCAGGACACCCGUGUUCUCCUUCCUAGAUCUCACAUACUGGAAAAGGCAAAAGGUCUGCUGUGGAAUUAUUUACAAAGGGCGUUUUGGAGAAGUCCUCAUAGACACUCAUCUCUUCAAACCUUGCUGUAGCAAUAAAAAGUCUGCCACUGAAAAGCCAGAACAAGAAGGAUCACAAUCUCCAGCAAUCUCCACCCAGGAGGAGUGGUGACUUCCUUGGAUUAUAAGGUUAUACAGAUCCUCUUAUUCUCUGGAAAAAUACUAGAAAAGUGACUGCUCACUUUGGACACCUGCUAUGCUGCCAAAAGACUAUUCCCUAGAACUGUUUUGGGUUUUACUGCUACAAUUCCACAAACUCUGAAGCCAGUUUGUAUCCUUUCAGAAAGACUGUACAUAAUAUUUAAGAUGCUAUGGAACACUUGGCAAAGCUGAAUGCUGCUGCAAGGUUGUCUAAUUUUCCCCCCAAGUGAAUAUGAGGAUGGGGGUUUGUAUAUUAAAGUAUAUGUAGUUCAUGUUUCUGUAUUGAAAGAAGCAGUGGUUGUAAGGCUUUUUUUUUUUCCCUUUCUUUAAAAAUUGGUUGGCAAACUUCCUAAAUCACYGAGAAAAUAUUUCAUUCUUAGACAUGUAUGAGUCAAUAAGAUGAACUAAUACAUAGAAAUGUUUUUAGUCACCUCUCUAGUUAUAUAAAUAUAUAUUUUUUAAAGGUGUGGAGAUUUCUCCCUAUACUACUGACAUAACGAAAACAAAUAUUUCAUCCCCCCCCACGUGACACAAACUGGUAAUCUGCAGACAUCUCUACUAUGAGUGGUGGCUAUCUYCACCAUAAAAGUGCUCUUCAGAAGGGGUAGGAGAACUUCUCCACCUUAGGUAAGGAGUAAGAUUUAUUGAAGAACUGAACRUAGCAAAAUGGGAGGUUCCUUUGUUUUAAGCAGCAGCAGGCWCCCUGGGCUUGGUGUGGUAAUCCCUGGAGUUAGAGAUGGACCAAGAAACAUCUUGAUGCCCAAGUCAGGUGUAGGUGACAGCCAAAACYGAGUAACUGCUCUCUGCUGGCCCAGUGCAGCUGAAAUGUGACCACAAAGAAGACUCCUCCUGCUUUUGGACCUGACAAAGAACCAAACCCCUUGCUAAGCAAAUCAGGCACUGGUCCAGGGACAUAAUCUGGUUGCAGCCUGGGGUSUGGAUUCACAGUUGCUGUUUUGAAACCCUUCCCCUGCAGUGCUUCUCUGUGUAUGGGUUUUGUUGKUUUUUUUUCCUCAUUUUGUUUAUUUAAGCAACUGCCAGAUCAACGCUUUUGUGAAUACAGAAUCUGAAAAGUUCUGCUAAAAAUGGUGCUGUGCUGAAUCAAGGCAGCUCUGUUUGCAUACGCGAUCAAAAGAUAAUUCUUUCUACACAGAUUCCCAGACAAGCUCAUGUGCAAAUCGUUGUGACACUCCUUCAAACUCUGCUUUGCCUGUAGUGGGGAAAGCAGCUUCCUGGAAGAUUGUGCUGCAGUUUUAGCUCCCAGUUGCUUCAUGUUCUUUUUAUGAAGGUUUAAUUUGUGUGAGUUGGGAAUUUUUUUUUUUGUUUGUUUCCUGGUUUGUUUUA